AUGGGCGAACAGUCGCCAACGGUGGACCCUUCACGGCAGCAGCCGCUACCCCCACAAUUAUCAUCUCAAAUUCCUCCACUUAUGUUUUAUGAUGCAGAAUCCGUGCUGUGUGCACCAGUGACGCCUCAACAGGUCAUUGCCUUUAAUCCACGUGAGAAGGGUCCACCCUCACGCGUUAUGCCUGAUGGAAGUGAGUACUACGGUGAUCUUCUUCUUGAUCAGCCACAUGGUAUUGGAAUCAUGCUGUUUAAAUCCUCUUCAAGCUUUUAUGCGAAUGGUGACCGGUAUGGAGGGGGCUGGAAAAAUGGUUUGUUUCAUGGCGAUGGUAUCUUUGUGACAUCUUCCUUCACAUACCAGGGCGGCUGGUUCGAAGGUCAGAUGCACGGGAAAGGGCUAAUGACUUACAGUCGUCGCAUUACGGAUUUAAUGCUGCGCGGCAUAUCUGUUUUUUCGCCCUUUGACAAGACGCAUGCGCCACUGGAGUAUAGGGGAGAUUUUCAUUAUAGAUAUCAUCGCCAUGGUCAUGGGAUCAUGCGAUAUGCUAACGGCGAUACUUACGAUGGGGAAUGGGGGUCAAACUGUCGUCAUGGACGUGGACGUCUUAUUACCGAUGACGGUGAAAUAUAUGAAGGUCAGUGGAGCAGAGAUGAACGUCAUGGUAACGGGAAAAUCACUUAUGUCAAUGGCGGAGAGUUUAAAGGAUCUAUGGUGCGUGACAAGCGUCAUGGCGAGGGAGUGAUGAUGUUCCCCAAUGGAGAUGAGUACUAUGGCACUUUUUACAAUGACAAAAUUGAAGGACACGGUACAAUGCGAUACAAAAACGGUGAUGUCUAUGAGGGAAUGUGGAAGGAUGGCCUGCGAAAUGGCGAGGGAAAAUAUUCCCUGCGGAAGAAAGGCGCAACGGUGGAGGGGCGUUUUGUGAAUGGUCUGAUCCAAGGGAGAGGCGUUGUACGGCAUCCAGGAGUGUCGACAUUUGUUGGUGAGUUUGACCGGGGUGAACGACGGCAUGGAACUCUGUUCUGGCAUGACUCUGCACCCGGUGAGGGUGCAUGUUAUCAAGGGGAGUGGCUUGGAGAGACAAUGCACAAUCGUGGCCUAUUGUGGUAUCGUAAUGGUGAUUUUUAUUUUGGACGGUUUUUAAAAAAUAAACGUCAUGGACCAGGGAAUAUACGCUACGCGGAUGGUGGAGAGUACAGUGGAUACUUUGUCAAUGAUAUGCGUGAGGGACAGGGCAUCCUACAGAAUAGUAAUGGAUCCAUUCAGGCUGGGAUGUGGCACAACGAUGUCUUUAUUGAGGGCUACGAUGGCGAGUGGGAUGGGGUGACGUUUAACGGUAUAGGGCACCUGCUACUUCGUAAACCACCAGCUUGUGUGCCUGCCGGAGGAAGUAACAGCGCUACCGCCACAUCCAUUGGGACGGGUGGCGGUGGUAGCGGUGGUGAUGUUAGCCCAACUGCCGCUGCGACGUCUGCCGCUGCUUUCACAGGCAUGCAGCCAACAUUUGAGCACUUUGGCCUUUUCCUCCACGGUGUACGUCAUGGUGCCGGUGUCCUCCGGCUUGCUGGGCAUGUUAUUAUGGGGAUCUGGAAACACGAUGUCUUGUCGUGCGAAACGGGGUCGUGGGAGUUUCCCUCCGGUGAUUUGUACUUGGGUGGGUUUAAAAAUGGUCUUCGUGAGGGUCCCAAGGGUCAGAUGUGGUUUACAGAUGGUUCUUUUUUUACAGGGAACUGGCAGCUUGACGCCCCUCUGGGAAGCGGUUUGUUUUAUGCAACCGACAAAAGGGAGCCCAUUUAUGCUCCGGAAGAAACCGCCACCGAUGCAAUUUCCCCCGCUGCUGCUGAAGAAGAGAGCACACAAAGCAGCAAUUACUCGGGAGUAAUGAACCUCUUCAUUAACCUUUUCCGCCGAAAGACGUUGCCGGAGAAUAAGGAAAAACGACGCCCCAUUGGCUUCCGGGAGCACUUUGUAUUACAGGGGGAAUGGGAUAUUGCGCGGCUUCCCUACGCCAUUUAUCAAUCACUCAUGUCACGACUCAUGAGUAGUUCGAGUUUGAUUGCCACCGGUGAUGGUGCCGGCGGUGGGGGUGAGGGUGGCGGUAAUAGUAGUAGUAACAGUGGAGGGGCGGUGGCGGCAGGUACGCUGUCGUCAGGUAACAACAACGGUAGUGGAGUCAAUGCUUUAUUUAAGCCCCCUGCGAUGAUCCCAGUGGGUGUGCAAGAAAAACGUGGUUUUGUUUUUUUUAAGUCUGGUAUCUGUUUGCGCACGGAGUGGUUACAUAACCACCCGCGUUUGAUGCUUCCGCACCGACCCGAUGCGCCCUUGUACAACAAGAUCCGAGGUGUGAUCGUGACUGAUGACAGAAACGGGGGCGGUACUGGGGGAUCAAAGAUCUGCAGCUUCUGUGAAAAGCCUUUUACGUUUUUCCGUAAGGAAACCCAAUGCACAUUUUGUGAACAACGCAGUUGUACUUCCUGUCUACAUCCCAUCGAGGUUCGUGGUCGCCCGAAAAUUGAGGCACUGUUGCGACUGCGAAUGGGCCAGAACUCAAUGAAUAGUGAUGCUAAUAACAAUAACAAUGCUGCCACGGGCGACACAUUUGUCCUACCGGCGCAAAUGCCUGCAUGUGUGGACUGCGCGCGAGUGGCCUUGCUCGGUUUGGAGUUCAACGUUAUCUGGAUACCGAUGCAUUGCCUUUCCGUUUCAGAAACAAUUACGAGUUCAAACGCAUCGACAGACGAAAAGAAGACGGAAACGGUAACCGCGACCAUAGCAUCCUCAGAGGCAUUUGAUAAAGCAGAGAAUUCACUUUUGAAAUUUUCUUCUUCCAUGUACCCCUCUUCGUUGUGCUCGAACGCACCGUAUGUUGUAUACGAGGGCUACACUUGUAAUUGUAUUCCACAUAUCUACGGUUCUUUGUGGUGGGGAAAAGAGGGUUAUUAUCUUGGCGCUUUUCAUGAGGGUCGCCGUCAUGGCAGAGGCGUUCAAAUGAUGGCAAAUGGAGAGAAGUACGUGGGAGACUUCUCGAAUGAUGAAUGGCAAGGUAUGGGGAUUUACUGCGCAGAUGACGGAUCCGCUUACGAGGGAGUAUGGGAACAUGGGAAACUCACAUCUUUACUUUACCACGGUGAGCUAGAUGAGCAAUACCGGCGUCACGGCAGGGGGCAAUCAUAUGAAGCGGACGGUAGCCGCUACAACGGGGAAUGGCAGCACGGUCAGCGGCAUGGUACUGGGAUUUUGCAAAUGAAAGAUAAUGUUGUAUAUAGUGGGGAUUUUGCAUUUGGCCGCAUCGAAGGUGAAGGGAAGCUUUUGAUGAAAACAAGCGUCUUCUAUGGCAGCUUUCAUGCCGGUAAAAAGCAGGGAAAGGGAUCUGAACAUUUUGGGGAUUGCGUUAUUGAGGGAGAAUGGUAUGAUGAUGUAUUGACUGGAUUUGUACGCAUCUAUGACGCCCUUACAGAAACUGUUUAUGAGACGACAUAUCAAAACGGUAAUGAGCGCGAUGACUGUUUUGUACCACCUGUCAUGGUGGACGAUGCCUACUGUCAAAACUGUGCCCAAUGCCAUGCCACAUUCUCACUCUUUCUUCGGCGGCAUCAUUGUCGCUUAUGCGGAGAAGUUGUCUGUGAUAGCUGCUCACAACGCCGGGCCUCGAUGCCAUUGCAUUUCAAAGCGACUGGUACAAGUCGUGUGUGUGAUCGCUGUUAUCGACGCAUGGAGGAGCGCCGUAUGCUUGGCAUUCGACGGUAUGCAAACGGGGAGGUGUACGCCGGCUGCUGGACGCGUGGACGGUGGGUGUCGCGUGGUCUGUUUUCCCGCGCAGAUGGUAGCGUUGUCGUCAUGGAUCUUGCUGGAUGCCCGCUGGUAAACGGACAUGAGAAAAAUUCGGUUGCAAACACGGAAAGUAAACUGGAGCUGCCACUGGAUGCAUCACCUCCAGUUGAGGAACUACGCAAACUUCCACCUUCUUCAUGCACAGAGGUAGACGCUUUCACGCUGUGGUGGAGUAUGAUGCUUUCGGUUGCCGAACUGAGCCUCCCGCUGGAGCUGACGCCAUGCAGAUCCUUCACACUAUUGCGUGCACCACAAAUGAAGCCGCUGCGACUCUUCAUUGAAAAGGACGAUGCCAGGGAUGAUGGUAAUGAUGACGGCGGUGGUAAAAGGGGAAAUGAUGUUAGGGAUGCAGCGGUCGUGCGGGUGGCGCGGUAUAUUCCCUCCAUUGCGCCACCCGCACCGGAACCACCUGCCCGGUUGUCGGAUGAUUCGGUAUUGACAUCUUCGCCCCCGCCGCGGCCGAUGAUUACGGACUCGCACAUCAUGCGCCUUGUGACAGAUGGUCGAAUGGAAAUGUUCCCCGCAGUUCCGCCGCCUUCGACUGACGGAAACGGCGUUGUGAUGCUCUCAUGCUACCAACGUGGACCGCUGUUACCGCCAACGCCACCGCGACCAUCUCCGGGUAGAAACGAUCGCAUCAUGUGGGAUUCCUGGCAGACACGCCCAGUGCCGCAGUAUCGCGGCAAUCCGGAAACAAAAACGCAGCGAGGGGUGGCGGACUGGCAACAUGUGCCUUUCGCGUGUCCUUUUCUGCGUCCUGUUGUCACUGAUGUCGAUCGUGCUGUGCGGGGUGGCGAUGUGACGCGUUGGUUGCCCACACCUUUUGUCGGUCCGCAGGUCUUUACGGUGAAAGACACAAACGCCGGCGGUGUUCUUGUGGAGCAGAAAGAAGCCCCAUCGUCCAGAACAUCAUGA